GAUGAUGUAAUGCCUUCCUGCCACAUAUUUUUGAUGUCUAUAGUAUUUAAACGCAGUACGUAGUUGUUUGUUCCACUCUCAGUGUAACUUUUUACAAUGAAAUCAUCAGGAGCUUUUUGCUUUAUUUUCUUUAUCUUCUUCGUUGCUGUAUAUGGAGUUCGUGUCCCACGACUGCAAAGGAGCAUCAAGAUCUCAGAGGAGGAAGGCAGUGUGACGUACUACGAUGUCCUUCGAGGGAGGGACGGUCUGCCUGGUAUGAGUGGGGAGAAAGGAGAGCAUGGAGGAAAAGGGGUGGUUGGUCCACCUGGUUCUCGUGGUCCAAUCAGCGGUGGAGUGGUCUACACUCGUUGGGGCAAGAGCUCUUGUCCUAACACUCCAGGAACUGACCUGCUUUAUGCUGGUAGGGCUGGAGGGACUUUUCACAGUCAUGAAGGAGGUGGAGCCAAUUAUCUCUGUAUGCCAGAAGACCCCGAAUAUGACUCAUCUCUUCGGUAUCGGCCUGAUACCCAAAAUGUUGCACAAGUUUGUGGAGCCGAGUAUGAGAGUCCUCUACAGGGAAGUCAUGACCACAAUGUUCCUUGUGCUGUCUGCUUUGUCCGUAGCCGAGAGGUUGUUCUAAUGAUCCCAGCUAAAGCGUCUUGUCCUCCAUCUUGGACUCGAGAGUACUAUGGUUAUCUUAUGACUGAAUACAGAGGAAUUUCUAGCAAUAUUCGAGGUCGUACCAUGUUCGAGUGUGUUGACAAGGACCAAGACUCAAUUCCUGGAAGCGCUGUAAACACAAAUGGCGUUCUUUUCUAUCACACUGAAGCAUCAUGCAAUGGUUUGCCCUGCCCUCCAUACAAUGAGCGCCAAGAGCUGAACUGCGUUGUGUGCACUACAUAGGACAUUUUUUAUAUAAAGACUUGUAGAUCAGGGUGGAUAUUAAUUAAAUUUUGUAAACUAUCUCCUAACUAUUCUGCCUAUG